AUGGUUCACCCACUCCAGCUCCAGGACCAAGCAGAAUCCCAGGAGCUACCACUUCAUCCAGGGCACCCUGGUUAUAUCAACUUCAGUUAUGAGAUCUCAUGAUUUCCAGCUAUUGCUAUCGACAAGACUGCAUUAGUGCUUACCACUCUGAAGUGUUACCAGAACAUAUGGCAGCUGUACCCUUCCUAUGGUUACAAACCCAUGGGGAGAUGGCAGCACCACCAAAUCAUCCCCAUGCUUUCCCAGCAGCACCCCCCAAACCAUGCCCUGAAGCCUUAUCCUCAUGUCCCCAUGGUGCCAGGUCAGCAGCCCAUGGUCCCCCAGUAGCCAAUGAUGCCAGUUCCUGGCCAGCACUCCAGGACCCCAACCCAACACCCACCAAACCUCUCUCCAUCCGCCCAGCAGCCCUCCCAGCCGCAGUCUCUCCAGCCCGGCCAGCCCCAGUCACCCAUGCACCCCAUCCAGUCCCUGCCGCCACAAUGGCCACCUCUGCCUCUGAUGUUUCCCAUGAAACCCCUCCCCCAGCUUCCUGAUCUGCCUCUGGAAGCUUGGCCAGUGACCAACAAGGCCGAGCGGGAGGAAGUAGUUGACUACACCUUGAAGCCAGCAAAUCCUUCUGCUCUCACUGGAUUCCUCUCUGGGGACCCCUCCAGGGUCUCUUCCCGCUUCAGCCCUUGCUGA